GGAAACACCACGAAAUUGCCAUGAUGGAUUCAGACUCAGAUGCUGAGGUACUUGAGCGAUGUAGUCUGCUUUCUCCUCAGUCAAACGCCGCGUCACCAUCACCAUGCUACUUGGUCUCACCCCAACCGGGGUGGCGUUAUGGAGAACAUUUGAAACCCGGCGUAGCUCUGCCGAAUGGUAUUUGAGUAGAUACUACGAGUAUCUCAACGUUCUGGAGCCCAGCGAGCCGAUCGAAGAUCUAGGUGGGUUUCCCUUCCUGAUGACCAGUUGUACCUCGAUAUCUUACACAUCUGCUGUACAUGUAGAUGCCGCAAUUGAUGCCGCGGUUUCCGGAACGCACCAAAGCCAGCACCUCACUGGACUUAGGGUUUGUGCUGAUAGAGUUGCACGGGACGUCUUCAUGAUGCAAAAAAUACUCGCCUAUAUUCAGGAGGUGAGGAGCUCCUCUAACGCGCCGAAGCAGCUUGCCAUCCCGGGUAUUGCGGCAGCAGGAAGUCUCACGAAUAUCGCUGUUCCCGCAUGGCUUUUCCCAGCGGAGAUCGCUAUAUGGGUCGCGCUGUUAUCUAUUGGAGUGGCCGUAUUAACCGGGAUAGUCGGUUACGCCCUAUGGCCUCGUGAUCUCAACAAGCACUACGAAAGUAAACAAGCCCGAAUACAGCUAUUGAGGCGUGCAGUGGAGGAGCAGUAUGAUGUCGUCGAAAUCAACAAGCAGCAGACUUUGCUCAGACCAAAGACUUUUGCACACCUAAAGUCAGAUUUGAUGUAUCACUGGCCAAAAGAAGAUGAGCCUGAGAGUUGAAGUGUCCAGAGGACAUGACGUGGAAAUUUACAUAUCGCUGGAAUUUACCUGCUCAUGCCCGAGGUUGAGAAAUUUACAUCUGCGA